AGCUCUGCUAUUUGUAGUCCAUUUUUGAGGUGAGAGUUGGUUAGACACCAACUUGAUUUGGUUAUUGGUAUAAUUGUGAAAAUAACGAGCUUUUGGCGGCAGUUAGCGAAUCUAAAACUAUUCGGUGUGAAUUUAACCUGUAAGUGUUUCUUUCUUCUAAGUAGUAGUGUAACUAAAGUUCGAUGUGAAAUAUUAGUAGGCUUUGAAGUGACAGUCGACGCCAGUUAACUUUGAUGUCAACAUUUUUGUGUUAUUCAGUUGUUUAAAUGGUUGAAUUGAGGCUGAAUUUGUUGUACUCAAACUGGAUCAGCAACAGGAAAUGUCAGAAAACAUAGAUGAGUUGCGGCUAUUAAGUUGUCAUUAGCUGUCCAUCUCCACAUUGCCUACUUCUCACGACCGGUUUAGUGACCAGUGAUUUUCAAAUUUCGCACACCAGACGAAUAUGCUAAUAACGUUUCGGGUGUCCGAGCUGCAGAUGUUAUUGGGUUUUGCUGGCAGGAAUAAGUCAGGAAGAAAAACAGAACUUCAGCAGAGGGCUUUAGAGCUCUUGAGAGUCAGAUCACAUCCUAUUCAUCAGAAAAUCAGGGAUUUAUAUAAAACAAUCCAACAAAGUGGAACUUUAAAUCAAGUACCAACUCCUUCUGUAUCUCCUGGUAAUAAGGAUUUAAGCAUGCCGCAAACGCAGGGUUCAGUACCGAGGACCACAGCCACAGUGCACCCAUACAAUAUAGACAGUCGGCAAUUGGCGACUCGUCAACCAUCAAUGUACAACCAAAACGUGUACAACCCGUAUCCACAAUACGCCCAACAGAAAACUCAACAGGGUAGCGUGCCAGUCAACAACUUCCCUGUACAUCCAGAUGUAAAAUUCCGUCGACUACCAUUUUUUGACAUCAUAUCAGACUUGUUGAAACCUUCAACGCUUGUCCCUCAAAGCAACCAACGAAUGCAAGAGGCCACAUUUUAUUUUCAUUUGACUCCCCAACAAGCAACAGACAUCGCCAGUUCACGUGACAUUAGGCCAGGAGUUAAAUGCGACUACGUCAAACAGGUCCAGUUGAGGUUUUGCUUGCUGGAAACUACCUGCGAGCAAGAUGACUAUUUUCCGCCUAACGUUAUUGUAAAAGUGAACAACAAACCAUGCCCUCUACCUAACCCAAUUCCUACAAAUAAGCCAGGUGUUGAGCCUAAACGCCCUCCAAGACCAGUCAACAUCACACCGAUGGUGAAACUGAGCCCAAUUGUUGCCAACAUGAUAACUGUGCAAUGGGCUCCGGACUACGGCCGAGGGUACGCAAUUUCCGUGGCUUUAGUCCAAAAAUUAACUUCCUCUGACUUACUUCAACGCUUGAAGGCCAAAGGCGCCAAACAUUCCGAUCAUACAAGGGGCCUAAUCAAAGAAAAAUUAAAGGAAGAUGCAGAUUCUGAAAUUACUACGACCUGCCUCAGGGUAUCUCUUAUUUGUCCUUUGGGCAAAAUGAGAAUGACCACACCUUGUCGGGCUAUUACGUGCAAUCAUUUGCAGUGCUUCGAUUCCUCGUUGUUUUUGCAAAUGAACGAACGAAAACCGACCUGGUGUUGUCCAGUUUGUGAUAAACCUGCUCUAUAUGAUAAUUUAGUGAUUGAUGGGUAUUUUCAAGAGGUGUUGGCUUCGUCCAAUCUGCCUCCUGAUAUGAAUGAGAUUCAGUUGCAUAAAGACGGUUCAUGGAGCACUAGUGUAUCUGAAAAGAAAGUUGCGAAAAGCGAAAAAGUUCCUAUAGAUGAUUCCAUCGAAAUUAUUGCGGACGAUGUCGAAGUGGUAAGCUCGGGUACUACAGCAACGUCGUCAACAGACAAAACAAAAGAAGAGAAAUCAAAAGAAAAAGUAGUGGAUCUCACAUGUUCGGACUCCGAUGACGACGAGCCUCUAGCCAAACGAAGAGUUGUGAACCCCAAACCCGAUUCCACUAUAAAAUUCUCAGACACGACCAGUAUUUCCUCGAGCAGCAAUCAGUCGCGGGUCACCACAACACCAGGCCCGUCUUCAGUUUCCAGUUCGGGAUACCCCGCUAGCCCGUCCAUCAUCACUUUGGACAGCCCAUCGCCACCGCGAUCCCCUCAAAACGAGCAGCAGACUCAGCAACUGGCGUCGUGCAUGAUGGCCAAUCAAAAUGGGACAAGCAACAACCAACCCACCAAUCUUUUCAGUCCAGGUUCUAUGCCAUUCUUGGAUCUGGACAAUGAGGCCGCCAGUGCUAACAUGAACUACCCGACGGGGUACUAAAGACGAUCAUUGAUCGAUUUGUGUAUUUAUGAUUCGACUGGGUUAAUUUUUGUAGAAAGAUAGUUUUAUUUUUUUGUUUUUCGUUUAAUUGUAGGGUAGAGAUUGUGUUACCAAAUAUUUCUGAUGCACUGUAUAUACCACUUUGGUGUUUUUUCAGUGGUUCAUUCAGUAAGUAUUGUCAGUGUAGUUUGUUUUAAGUCUCAAACAAAUAAAGAUUCUCAGUUUGGUUAACCGUUGCAACUUCGUAUGUUUUGGUUUUGUUGCAUUUGAGGUUACUCCGGACUUCGACUGGUUCUGUGGUUGCUAUCAUGAUUUAUUCUGGUAUUCAGAUCGGAUAGUUGACUGUUGGACUUUUUAGUGAACGGAUUACCAAUAUUUUUGUACAGAAACUAGUGUUGAAUUAUCCAUUUGCAGUUAUUCAUGUUUCAUAUAUUAUAGUAACGCGUUUAAACUUCAGUGCGUGUCGCAAGUUACAUCUAAAGUAAAAAUUUUAGCGCUGGUGCGUUGGAGGCAGUUUCUCGUAAUUGAAUUUCUUUUUUGUACAAUAUUAUAUUUUUUUAAGAAACUUUAAAUGUCUACAGGUAUUUGAUUUUUUUGUAUUCCUAUGCAAACCUGUUAUUAUCACUUCAAUUCUUUUGUGAAAAUUAAAGUAUAAUAAAUUUUUAUAUAAAA